GGAGAGCUCGCGAAAGGCAGGCCAGGCAGGAGCUACGGCAGGCGACGGCCGGGCGGUCGUUUUAUUGAUCCCGGGGCGCCGCGGCGCUACCCACCCGCGGCGGGGUCGCCUCCGAGAACUUUCCUUUUCCUCGAUGAGGAUCCUUUUUUUCCAUCUUUCCGUCCUCUCGACGCUUCUCGCAGGACGAGAACACGUACACACACGUAUAUAAAGGAACAUAAUUCGACGUGACUCGAAGGAAUUAGAGUCCUGUGGACUCGCCCGAGUCUCGUGCGUGAUUAACGUCUCCUUUCGGUGGUCCUUGCGGUGUUGAUCUUGAGAAAAACUACGCUCGCGAGUUCAUCAGUGAGUAAUCGAGCCCGCUGAUGUCCCUAAGACGUCAAUCGGAGGGAUAAGAAGAAGUGGAAUAAGAAAGUGUACGAGCUUCGAAGGAUCGCUUUUAGGAUCACGGUGUGGAUCAUUUCGACGAUGAAGAAGUUAUAAGGAGUUUCGGGAUAGUUCGAAGAAGGACCCCGAGAGGAGUCGGAGGAGGUCUCUGCUUGGAAGAACACAAGCCGGGUAAGGAAAGCGCCGCGGCGCCGAAAUGGGUCCUGCCAGUAGCCGAGAACAGAUCGGUGAGCAGAUUGGUGACGACGAUGGCCUGCAGAUUAAUCCCAAAAGCAACAUCAUCGGGAACAACAUUACGGAGAGCGAGUACUCCGUAGAAGAGCAAUCGAGGUUAACAGGAGCAGAUGGAGCGGCCGACGAGGCGUCCCCGGAGGACGAAGGAGGAUCUCUUUGCGAAUAUCAUGACAUACCACCACCUCCGGACGGCGGCUACGGCUGGGUGGUUGUGUUUGCGUCGUUUAUGUGUAACAUGAUAGUGGAUGGAAUCGCAUACACAUUUGGCGUUUUCCUUGGCGAGUUCGUUAAAUACUUUGGGGAGGGGAAAGGCAAAACUGCUUGGGUCGGUUCUUUACUCUCUGGCAUGUAUCUUAGUGCUGGACCCGUUGUCAGUGCACUGACUAACAAGUAUGGUUGUCGGGCUGUCUGUAUGGCAGGAAGUUUUCUAGGUGCAGCGGCAUUUGUAUUAUCAACAUUUUCAACCAGUGUAAAUAUGCUUAUGAUGACUUACGGUGUGAUGGGAGGUAUCGGCUUUGGUUUAAUAUAUCUCCCUGCAGUAGUUUGCGUAGGCUAUUAUUUUGAAACCAAAAGAUCUCUUGCUACGGGCAUUGCGGUAUGUGGCUCAGGGUUUGGCACGUUUGCGUUUGCUCCUCUUGCCACAAUGCUGUUAGAAGCAUACAGUUGGAAGGGGGCAAAUUUAAUUUUAGCAGGCCUUAUUUUAAAUUGCGCAGUGUUUGGAGCAAUGAUGAGACCCCUCGAAUAUCCAAAAACUUCUUCUGUAAAGCCAUUGUUGCAAAGAAUGGCAGAGGAGAAGAGGUUCCAAAUGGAACGUGGAAGUAUAGGAGGUUCUUACUUUAUGGUGCAACUACCGGAUGGAUCUAUGGAGAAAAGAAUGAAAAUGCCUAUUAAUAUUGAUCCGGGUGUACACUCCAGCUUCAAUUUAGAUCAAUUAGUGCCUGGAACUCCUUUAACACCAGUUCCAACGGUGCCGACCCUACCAACUAUAUCGGAAGUAAAAGUACAAGAACACUCAUCCAGCGGAGCAACUAGUAAUAGUGGUAGUAUGGACUUAAAAAGCGCUUCUACCAAAUCGAGGAGUAAAAAGAAUUUAAAUGAGAAAGACAAGGAUACGAUAGAGAAACCCGAAGGUGAUAUUAUUAAGUCGAUAAUUCCAAGAAACGCUUCGCAACCAGCUUUUACUACACACGUGCAAGGUUUGCCUAAAAAUGGUUCCGUACCGUUCUUCGAUAGAAUCCGUAAAACUAGUACAGGCGAAAGAUACAAGCCAAGUUUAAGCGCUAUAAAGAAUUCUAGAACAACCUUGAAUUCCAAUGGAGACAUUCGAAAAAGUUUGCAUUUAAGGCUUUCUACUAGCAGUGUAUUAGGAUCUCGUAACAACAAUGCAGAAGUUGAGGACGGCGAAAGCAUAACUUUUACAACAAGUACAUCUCGUAUACCGAAGGAGAAGCCUUUAAUGAUUCGUCCUUUAUCAAGGAAAGAUAUAUUUUACAGCGGUAGCGUCGUUAAUUUGCCGGAAUAUCAAAGUCAGAAAUCUCUUGCUAAUUAUCGUCAAAGUGUCAUUUCAAUUCCGAAAUCUGUCCGUGGUGAAAUAAAGGAUAUAGAUAUAGAAAAAGCGCCUCAACAACCAUUGUGCCCUUGCUUAAUUUUACCUGACUCGUUUAAAGAAGCUUUAGCUACAAUGAUGGACGUAUCUCUGCUGAAGGAUCCAGUUUUUCUUCUUAUUGGAAUAAGUAAUGUUUUUGGAAUGGCAGGAUUAUAUGUCCCUUUUGUAUAUCUCGUAGAUGCUGCUAUUUUAGACGGAAUUGAAAGCAACUCCGCAUCAUUCUUACUGUCCAUUAUCGGUAUAACCAACACGGUUGGUCGUGUAGCUUGUGGUUACGUCGCAGAUUUUCCUCAAGUCGAUUCGUUAUUGUUAAAUAAUAUUUGUUUAAUUAUAUCAACUGUUGCUGUAGCAGCGACACCAUUUUGUCACUCUUAUGCGGCUUACAUCGCCAUGAGCAUAUUCUUUGGCAUAGCAAUAUCCGGUUACAUCUCAUUAACGUCGAUCAUUUUGGUGGAUCUUUUGGGAUUGGAUAAGUUGACAAAUGCAUUUGGUCUUCUCAUAUUAUUCAGAGGAGCUGCUGCGAUCGUUGGCUCGCCAUUAGCUGGUGCUGUUUACGAUGCCACACAAAGUUACAGUAUACCAUUUUUCAUGGCAGGAUUUUUCUUCCUCGUAAGCACGGUCACCAGUUUUAUGGCACCCGCCAUGAAACGGUGUACAACACCGCAGAUCACAUAUGCAUUUGUAGACCCAGCCUGUGAUAUUAGAUACGUUGACUCCAAUUGACGAGGAUAUAGAGGAAGAAAACGAAGAGGAUAUACCAGAGAUAAUUGAAACUGCACCAUCACCUCAAGAUCCACCAGAGAAAGAAAUUAAGCAGAUAGAGUCUGUUUUAUAAAGCACCUAGCAUCUUUUUUGUAAAAUAGAGAAAAAAUGUCGCCUUCACUCCGAGCCACACUGUGAUAGGGCUGCUUAAUUCGAGAAGGUCUCACAAGAGAAGAAACGUACUUCUUUGUUACGUAUUUAAUAAUGUGGAAAAAAAAAAGCACAAAUCGAUCGAGUAUACCUGGUGACAUUUUUUUCAUAUUCUCAGGACUUUUAUGAUACUAUAUAUAUAUAUAUAUAUACAUACUUUUUUCUUUCCUUCUUUUAUUCUAUUCUAAUGAGAUAAACCGUGCAAGAAAUAUCGCCAGGUAAGAAGCUGUUCUUUUGCCUACGUCAAUAAUAGAUGAUAGAUAGUGAAAUUUCUUAACUUAAUCAGUAUCGAUCGAUCAGUAUAUACGAAUUGAGAGAAAGAGAGAGAAAGAGAUAGAGAAAGAAAACAUGAAAAAAGAAAAAAAAAAAAGAAAAAAAAAAGUUGGAAAAAAGCGC